AUGAUUAGGACAAGAUAUGGUCAAGCUCACAUAGAGCCACACAAAUUUCGACCCGAAAACUCCCUCGAUGUCGCCCUCCAUUUAAAGAAAGUCCCGAACAACGCCUCCAUAUCCUCCAACGUCCUCCCUCUCGUCUCAGGCAACAACGUGAAGAAAAAUAUCCAAGUAACCGUCGCAAUCCCGCUAAACAAAAAGAACGUCCCGCCGAUCGUGAUCGCCUUGUAUAGCGAAAUAAACGACAUCAACAAAACCCCGCUUGUGGCCCGGUUUAUCGCCACCCCCACGCCGCAACCCUGCGCCCUUAGCUGA